AACACAGAGUCCUGCAAAGAGACAUGGUAUGGAAGAGCAUCCUGAGUAUUGGCAGGCUUGUUAAUCUGGGGCAAUCAUUCUAUGUUAAGUCCCAGAGAAGUACAACACUCAGGUGUGACAGGAAUCGAAUGAGACCAAGGUACUCGACCAAAGUCUAGGUGAGUGAUCUGAAACCACAUGUGAUUCUUCCAAUACCCAUGAAGAGGCAAGCAUCCACAGAAGGUCUCAAAUGUUUAUAACUUACAGGAAGAAUACUGCGGGUCCAGAAGUCUCCUCCCAGUUUGAGAAGGAAAGAAAAAAACAGCUUGGAUCUGUCAUUUGCCACUUGCCACCAUGACGUCAGCUCGGGGCUGAACUCCCUACCUGUGGCUGGGACCUUAAAUGAGCUGACGCUGGAAGAGAAAAGCACUUCAUCUCAGGUUUAGCGAGGAGUAGCAGCAGCAGCAGGGGCAGCAAUGGGACGCUGUAUGUUCUUCACUGUGCUGCUUUGCCUGGUGUUGAGCCUUUCAGAAGGUACCACACCUACGACAACUGGGAGCAGUACUACCACCACUACAGUACUAGCAACAGAAGGAAGCUCAUCCGCGACAACUGUGCAAACUUCUACUGCGUCUGAAACAUCGCCAACAAGUACCACACCUACGACAACUGGGAGCAGUACUACCACCACUACAGUACUAGCAACAGAAGGAAGCUCAUCCGCGACAACUGAGCAAACUUCUACUGCGUCUGAAACAUCGCCAACAGGUACCACACCUACGACAACUGGGAGCAGUACUACCACCACUACAGUACUAGCAACAGAAGGAAGCUCAUCCGCGACAACUGAGCAAACUUCUACUGCGUCUGAAACAUCGCCAACAGGUACCACACCUACGACAACUGAGAGCAGUACUACCAACGCUACAGUAGUAGCAACAGGAGAAAGCUCAUCCGCGACAACUGAGCAAACUUCUACUGCGUCUGAAACAUCGGCAACAGGUACCACACCUACGACAACUGAGAGCAGUACUACCAACGCUACAGUAGUAGCAACAGGAGAAAGCUCAUCCGCGACAACUGAGCAAACUUCUACUGCGUCUGAAACAUCGGCAACAGGUACCACACCUACGACAACUGAGAGCAGUACUACCAACGCUACAGUAGUAGCAACAGGAGAAAGCUCAUCCGCGACAACUGAGCAAACUUCUACUGCGUCUGAAACAUCGGCAACAGGUACCACACCUACGACAACUGAGAGCAGUACUACCAACGCUACAGUAGUAGCAACAGGAGAAAGCUCAUCCACGACAACUGAGCAAACUUCUACUGCGUCUGAAACAUCGGCAACAGGGGAGUUAUGCGGAUCCAGUCCUUGUGGAGGAAAAUUGUCUACAUGUGUCCCCCUGAAUAACACGUAUAUAUGCCAGUGCUCGUAUGGAUUCUACUACUACAGCAAUGAUUGUUAUCUAGGGAAGGUAUUCCCAGGUACCGUUACACUGACACAAGUAUUCGGUAAUGAUAUUCAUGAUGUAAAUUCAAUGGAGUAUCAAAAUAUGGUCCAAAACAUAAUACAAUUUUUUCAAAUCGCUUUUGAAAAUAUGACAGACUACAGGCAGACCAUCAUUGUGAAAUUUAAUUACAUAGAAGAUGCAAACACCAGAAGUGCUAAAAAUCCAGUGAAUGUAACAGUGAUGAACAUCUUCAGAGAAGGCACAACUGAGACCGAUGCUGAUGUUGAGAAGGCAGUAAUGGCAGCAGCAGGAAAUUUGAGCUACGUGAAUGGGUACUCAACUGCAACCGCGUGUGCUGUUUAUCCGUGUGAUAACACAACCACAACAUGUGAGGAUGGUGAAUAUCCAGCAUGUGUUUGUAAACCAAAUUUCACAAAGACAGCGUGGGACACAUAUUCUUGUUCAGGUUGCGUGAACUGUACAGAAGAAGAAAACAUGUUCUGUGACAGACAAAAUGGCGUUCCAGACUGCAAAUGCAUGGAUAACUUUAAAAAAGAGGGUGAAAAAUGUGUAAGGUGUCCAGUGGGCUACUCUGGAAAAGACUGUCAGAAUAAUAAAGAACUCAUCCUUAUAAUAGUGGGCACAGUGUUUGGAGUCAUUAUCUUGUGUUUAGUGGCAGCAGUCUCAAUUCUUUCAGUAAGAGCCAAGCACAGUCAUGAUCCGGAGAAAAAGAGGUUGAUAAAGCCAAGAAAUUCCAACUCAAAUAUCUCUGAGGAGACCAGGAUCUUCCCCAGGGUCCAGACCACUUCUGGCCAUGUGAAUCCAGGAUAUCAGCCAAACAACCCUUACGAGGUGGAUUCCUCAAACAGAGGUGUCUUUGUGGAGAAAAAUUACGAUGACUUGUAUGAAAUAUCGCGGCGGCCUGAGGACUUUCAGAUGCAGCGCAGAUAACUGAGUGGCCAGUAGUAGAGGGAUGGAUGACAACCACAGCACUGGGUCAGACCAAAGAGCUUCACAGCCUCUUACCAGCACAGUUAUUUCAUCAGCAGAGACAAUGGAGUCCAUAGUACAGGAUUCUGAAGAUUUUCUAAAAGAAGAUUCCUACUUGAAGAGAAGGGCAGUAACUCUUUGAAAUAAGGGACAAUAAAAAUAAAGCAGAGUGUAGGGAGAAGGAGACUUCCAAAAAGCUAAAAUGGUCCUGUGGCCAUUCCUAUGAACUUUCAAUGGACCAGAGCAUUGGCAAAUAAGUGAAUGUAGACAAGAUACCAGGAUUUUAACCCAGCUGUGUUUCAGUUCUUCUGAAAGAUGGUCCGUGCAAUGUGUGUGAUGCUGGAAAUGCCAGCUGCCAGAGCUUUGCCUACAUUUGUGCUCACUUGCUUCAGGCAGAGGCGUAUCAAACAGUAUCGAAACUUUUGUGAGAACCUAGCGUUGUUCUCUUUACUAUAUCAGUCUUUCUCCCUUCCUCAGCCCCCCCAUUAUUUUCUAUCUGAAAGCAUUCAGUUCAGAUCUCUGCUGGCAACUGUUGUGAGAGACAACCCUGUCUGACCUCUUGGGUGGCCUUCCUUCCCAAUACAACUCCAGAAACUAUUAUCUUCAAACCAGCACUGUUGUUCUCCAUCUCAUGCAAAUACGUUGAUUUUACAUUCUCAGCUACUGUGGAAAGAACUGGCACUUUUUUUUUCUCUUUUAAUCUGUAAAAUUAAAUGGAAUCGUCUUAAACCUUUCUUUUUCAUUACUUCAUAAUUCUGUUUAAAAAUCAUGGAGACCUAAAAAACAUUUCAUGGAGAAUACAUGUGCAUCAUCUUUUGACUGGCGUUGGCACUUCUUUAUACAUAUAUAUAUAUAUAUAUAUAUAUAUAGAAUAUAAUGUCCAAAAAUGUACAUAUAUUUAUAG